AUGACGCAGUUUUUUCGUUCAGUGUCAUUUUUUACGAGAUUAUUUCCACUAGGAUCCAUUGAGCGCACUUCGCUUUUUCGAUCGACGGUCUUUGGCGCUGCAGCCGGUUAUUUGACAUUCAGAGCUGGCAGGCAUAUCAUCAAUGAUCCUGGAAAACCCAUUGUGUUUGACUCACGAGAGUAUUAUUGGAAUGCCGAUCUACACACGCCAAGCGAAAAACUUCCGCUGCAAUGUGUUAACAAGAUCGAUCCGCUUGAUCCGCAAUUUGGUCGUGUGUACUAUGCGAACGAUUCUCGUCCAACUGAAAUCGUAUACGGUUGUGCCGAAGAAGACUAUUGUUGCGGAUAUGAUUGUUGUCAAGAAAAUAUGUUCUUCACCAGUCUAUUCCGACUUCUCAUCAUGAUUCUCGUAUUUUCCGUGCUCGGUGUGUUCUGCAUUGAGGCAUUUCGAUGGAGUCUCAACUGUAUAUACAUGUGUAAAUAUGGUCAUCCACGAGAUCUAGAGCCACUAAGCAUUUGA